ACACAAACAAAACGUUUGAUACAAGGAAUUGUUUCGGGAUAAAUCCCAACAAAAUCAAAGAAUUUAAUCCUCAAAAGAUGGAUCCCGAGAAGAGAGAUUGUCUGAUGUGCAAUGCUCCCAACAAGAUCUGCGACAUGGUGCAGUGCGAUAAGUGCGAACUGUGGGCCCAUUACUCGUGUGCUGGCGUUACGGACGAGGUGAAAGAGCAGGAUUGGCGCUGCAUCAAAUGCAAUAAUGCUCUGCAGGUUCCGAAAACCCGAAAAACCAGCAAAGCCGAAGCCAAAAAGACGAUUGGGCAAAAAUCAAGGAGCGAUGGUGGAUCUUCCGUCGGAUCCGUUUCGGAAAGCGGAGAAAACCUGGAAGAUUCGCUGAAAAAGUUGGAAGACGAAAAACGCACUCAGGAAAAGGCCUUGGAAGACGAAAUGAUCUUGCGUGAGAAGCGACUGGAAAUGACGAGGGCUCUACAGGAGAAACGGCGUCAAAUGGAGAAGGCAUUCCGUGAGAAACAACUGCAACAAGACCGAGAGCUGAAGGAGCGCCAGUUGCAGGAAGAGCACGAAAUGCUGGAGAAAGAGUUGGCCGAGGAAGCAUCUUUUCAAGAUCGGCGCAAGAAGAUGUACGAGGAGUUUGUAGAAGCGAAAAUGACUGUCGCUGAGCCGGUUGCUGGUCGAGAAAAAGUUGGCGGUAACAUUGCGAAGGAGGAAAAUGAAACGUCCUUUGAGAAAAAGGUGAAGUUCUGGCUUAAAAAGCAGACAGGAGGAAAGAACUCUCCGCUGACCACAACGAAGCUAGUUGAGCCAGUUGCAGGUUCAUCGAAAAAUAAAGCAGUUACGCUGGAAGAAGAAGCAGGAUCGGACGAAGAUGAGGAUGAUGGAUCGGAGGAAGGCGAGGAUGAAGAUGAAGGAGAAGGCGAGGAUGAAGAUGUAGAAGAAGGCGAGGAUGAAUAUAAGGAAGGUGAUGAGGAAUCAGAGGAUGAAGAUGAUGAGUUCCAGAUAUCCCGAGAGGAACACGAAUUUCUUUCUCGCCUACUAACUGGUAAAAAGCGGCAGCCGUCGACAAAAAAGCUGCAGCAGUUUACGGAAAAGCAACAGCCGUCGUUGAAAAAACAGCUGCCGACGAUUCAGCAGCAAAAGACGUCACAGCGGCACGUUCAGGCCAACGUUAAGUUGUCCAAAGAACAGAUAGCUGCUCGACAAGCUCUCUCCAAAAACCUGCCAAUUUUCAAGGGUGAACCGGAGUUGUGGCCUAUUUUUAUCAGCAGCUACGAGUAUACCACGUCGGCGUGUGGUUACUCAAAUUUGGAUAACCUGAAGCGGUUGCAGGACAGUCUGCAAGGGAGCGCACUCGAAGCGGUGAGGAGCCGACUUAUUCUUCCGGAAUCCGUUCCCGAUGUUAUCGAUGACCUCCGACGUCUUUUUGGGAAACCCGAAAAGCUGCUUAAAACGUUGCUGAUGAAGGUGCGCAAUGCUCAACCCCCGAAAGCCGACCGCUUGGAAUCAUUCAUCCAGUUUGGGAUCACGGUUAAACACCUUUGUGACCAUCUCGAGGCGGCCCACUUGUCAGAUCAUCUCAGCAAUCUGAUGUUGGUGAACGAGUUGGUCGACAAACUUCCGCCCAACUACAAAUUGGACUGGGUCCGAUAUAAACGGGAGAAAAGAGGGACUCCGCUGCGAAUAUUCACCGACUUCACGAAUGAUAUUCUUUCCGAUGUGUCGGAAAUUGUCGAGUUUUCUGCUCUCGGUCUGAACGAAGCCACUUGUCCCGUAAAAGGAAAACCGAAGAAAAAAGAAUUCAUUCAUGUCCACGGUUCUGCUCCGAACAAGCCUGAAAUUCCGAAGGAGGCAAAAGGAAUCAAGCCGUGUUGGGUUUGCAAGCGGACAGAUCACAAGUUACGAUUCUGUGAUGAUUUCAAGAAGCUCAGCAUCACGGAUCGACUGAAGACGGUGGAGCAAAACAAACUCUGCGCGCUAUGCCUUAAUAACCACGGCAAAAGUCGAUGCACCUUUAAAAUCCGCUGCAACGUUGCUGGAUGUCAAGGUGGACACCAUCCUCUGCUUCAUCGAGCGGAAGGAGUCGUACAGCUGCUAAAUGUCGAGUGCCACGCCCACGGACGGUUGAGUCGUGCCAUCAUCUUCCGUAUGGUACCGAUUACUCUAUAUUUCCGGAAAUAUGCAAUGGAUGUUCUGGCCUUUUUGGACGAAGGGUCAUCCACUACGCUGGUGGAGGAAUUUGUUAUUAACGAGCUGAACGUGGAGGGGGUUUGCGAACCACUGGUGGUUACGUGGACGGGCAACGUGAAGCGCUACGAGAAUCAAUCGAAAAAGGUAAAUCUCAAACUGUCGGCUAGAGGAUCUCGCGAGAUACUAUCGUUGAAGAACGCACGUACGGUGGCUGAGUUGAAGCUGCCGUGUCAAUCCAUGCAGUUCGAGGAGAUCGCGGAUCGCUACUCUCACCUGACGGAUUUGCCAGUAGUAAGUUACGCUGCGGAGGAGCCUCGUAUCAUAAUCGGUUUGGACAACCUACACGUAUUCGCUCCACUAGAAACUCGAGUGGGUGCGCCUGGCCAGCCGAUCGCUGUACGGUCAAAACUUGGGUGGACCAUCUACGGACCAGGAAAUCCUGCUGCGGCUGCUACUGCAGAAAGUCACAUGAACGUUCACUCCGUCGAACCAAUUCGGAACGAGGAUCUUUAUGAGAUGUUGCGGACACAGUACUUGUUGGAGGACACCGGUACUUCUUGCUUCUCAGUUCCAGAGUCAGCUGAAAACAUACGCGCCCGUGAGAUUCUCCAAGCAACGACAGUGCGGAUCGGCGACAGAUUUGAGACGGGCUUGCUGUGGCGUAAAGACGAAAGAAGGUUCCCGGACAGUUACCCGAUGGCGGCCCGGCGGUUACAGGCACUGGAGAGGAAACUGGAAAAAAGUCCAGAUCUGAAGCAAAAUGUCCACCAACAGAUAGCGGAGUACGUGACGAAGGGCUACGCGCACAAAGCUACAGAGGAGGAGCUAGCUGGAUGGCAGAAAAAUGAGGUGUGGUACCUUCCCUUGAACGUGGUGCUCAACCCUCGGAAGCCGGGUAAAGUACGUUUGGUUUGGGACGCCGCAGCCCCGGUAGGCGGAGUUUCGCUUAACACUGAGCUGCUCAAAGGACCAGACAUGCUGCAGUCUCUGCCGACGGUGAUUAAUAAGUUUCGUGAACGCAGAAUUGCAUUCGGUGGUGAUAUACAAGAAAUGUACCACCAGAUGCUGAUGAGGGCGGCAGAUAAGCAAGCUCUGAGGUUCCUGUUCCGAUCGAAUCCGACUGAUGUACCAACAGUGUACGUCAUGGACGUAGCUACGUUUGGGGCCACCUGCUCCCCAUGUUCGGCGCAGUUCAUAAAAAACUUGAAUGCUGCCGAGUUUGCGAACGAUUUUCCACGAGCUUCGUCUGCAGUGAUAGAGAAACAUUAUGUGGACGAUUAUUACGAUAGCGUAGAUUUCGUUGACGAAGCGGUAGAGUUGGCGAACCAGGUGAAAUUCAUUCAUUCCCGAGGAGGUUUCCAUAUCAGGAAUUGGGUUUCCAACUCCAAGCAGUUUCUGGAAGCGAUGGCCGAACAGAAGUCGAAUCCUGCUGUCCAUUUCAGCCGGGACAAAACCACGCAUACCGAGCGAGUUCUGGGAAUCAUAUGGGACCCAGAAGAGGACGUUUUCCUGUUUUCUACCGAUGGACGAGAGGAGUACCAACUGGUUCUACAAGGGGUUGAACGACCAACCAAAAGGAUUGUGUUGAGUUGUGUCAUGGCUAUGUUUGAUCCUCAAGGUUUGCUCUCUCCAUUCACCGUUUUCGGUCGCAUGUUGGUACAAGAUUUGUGGAGGACUGGCUGCGACUGGGAUGAAAAAAUUGACGAUGAAUCAUUCCAAAAGUGGAUUCGCUGGACGAAAGUUUUGCCGAUGAUCGAGGCAAUCAGGAUUCCCCGGAGCUACUUUGGAGACGCUAGAAUGGAUCAGAUCGAGGAUCUACAGCUGCACGUAGUGUCCGAUGCUAGCAAAGGUGCUUACGGGUGUGCGGCCUAUUUUCGAGCUUUGGUGGGCGGAACGAUCAGAUGUGUACUGGUGACUAGUCGGGUGAAGGUGGCUCCGUUGAAGCCGCUAUCAGUUCCAAGGCUUGAGUUGCAGGCGGCAGUGCUGGGGACCAGGCUGGCUUCUGCGGUGCGAGAUGGCCAUUCGUUGGAAAUCAAGCAACAAUUUUUCUGGACGGACUCUACCACUGUGCUAUCGUGGAUCAGGUCAGAUCAGCGUAAGUACAAAGAGUUCGUAGGUCUUCGUAUUGGUGAAAUACUAACUCGUACGAACCUGUCGGAGUGGCACUGGGUUCCAACGAGGAUGAACGUCGCGGACCAGCUGACUAAGUGGACGAAAGACCCUGAAAUAAGUUCAACCAGCAGUUGGUUCACCGGGCCAGAGUUUCUAUAUCUUCCGGAAGCAGACUGGCCGAAGCAGAAGUUGCCAGGUCCAGAUACAGAAGAAGAGUUGAGAGCGCACCUGCUUGUUCACGAUGUUAACCUUCCUACUCCCGUAAUCGACGUCAACAGAAUUUCGAAGUGGACGGUGCUGGUAAGGACGAUGGCUUGCGUAUUUAGGUUUCUGUCGAACUGUCGAAGAAAGCUGAAGGGAUCGCCGAUCGAAACGCUGAAACCAACGGAAAUGCAAGCGCAAAUCAUUCUCCCGAUCGAUUAUCCGAUGUUGCGGACGCCACUGAAUCAGAAGGAGUAUGAGCUAGCGGAAAUUUCGUUGAUGCGGAUGGCACAAGCAGAUGCGUUCAGUAGUGAACUGAGGAUCUUGAUGAAGAACUUGCAGCUUCCGGCCGGGACGUGGUUGAAAAUCGAGAAAUCCAGCUUCAUCUAUAAGUUGACGCCGCUAAUCGAUGAGAACGGUCUCCUGCGUAUGGAAGGUCGAACGGGAUCAGCUGAAUUCCUACCGUUUGACUUGAGGUUCCCGAUAAUACUGCCCAAGGACCAUGCUGUUACCUGGAAAAUCGUUCAGCAUUAUCACGAGCAAUUCGGCCACGGAUAUAGGGAGACGGUGAAGAACGAGCUGAGACAACGAUUCGUCAUCCCACAGGUGGGUAGUGUGGUCGCUAUGGUGGGGAAAGCUUGCAUACAGUGCAGGGUUGCCAAGAGCCGCCCACGAUGUCCUCGGAUGGCCGCGCUACCUGUACAGAGAGUAACUCCGUAUGUGCGGCCGUUCUGCUUCGUGGGGGUCGAUUACUUCGGCCCAAUAACAGUUACAACAGGCCGCCGCAGUGAAAAGAGAUGGAUCGUUUUGUUCACGUGCCUAGUAGUCAGAGCGGUUCACCUCGAAGUAGCACACUCCCUGACCACGCAAUCGUGUUUGAUGGCAAUCAAACGCUUCACCUCCUAUCGAGUUCCGCCAUUAGAAGUGUUCUCGGACAAUGGCACAAAUUUUAAAGGAGCAAGUAAGGAGUUAAUGGAAAAUGUACGCAGCAUCAACGUAGAUUGCGCAGCGGAGGUAACAUCAGCUCGAAUGAAGUGGAACUUCAAUCCUCCGGCUUCGCCGCACAUGGGCGGAGUCUGGGAGAGAUUAGUCCGUUCCACGAAGCAAGUGUUGGAGGCGAUAAACGAUGGGAAGCGACUGACAGAUGAAAUCUUGGUGACUGCGAUAGCCGAAGCGGAGGACAUCAUCAAUAGCCGUCCACUUACGUACGUGGCGCAUGAAUCAGAUAAUUCCGAAGCGUUGAGCCCCAACCACUUCCUCCGUGGAGUCGCUCCGAACGAACCAAGGUACAACGUAGCUCCCGUCAAUUCAGCUGUAGCCCUGCGGGACUCCUAUCAGCGAUCGCAGGAGAUAGCUGACGAGAUGUGGAAGAGGUGGAUUAAAGAAUACGUUCCUUCCAUCAAUCAGCGUACCAAGUGGUUUGGUGAAGCAAAGAAUUUGAAGAAAGGUGACUUGGUCUACGUUGUUGAUGGCGACAAGCGGAAGUGUUGGGUACGUGGGAUUGUUGAGGAGCCGAUAGUUGCCGGAGAUGGCAGAGUACGCCAGGCCUGGAUUCGUACCAACAGCGGCAUGCUAAAGCGAGCGACAGCGAAACUUGCGGUGCUUGAAAUAAAUGAAAGUGACACUGGUCCGGACGUGACUUCCGGACCAGGUUCACGGGCCGGGGCAUGUUGCGGCUUAAACCGCAGGGCACGCAACGCAGUCCCUGCCGCAGAGUGA